AUGUCCCUGCCACAGCCUCUUCCCCGUGUCCCAACCGCAGAAGAAGUCGUUCCAUCUAUGCAAAAGAUCAUUUACCAAUGGCAAACUUUGCGUGACCAAAUCCUCAAAACCACGACCCCCUCUACCGCCACCUUCAGCAAUACCAUGCUUCCUCUAGCGCAACUCGAAAAUGCCCUCGGUGGAGAGACAGGCAUGAUUUACAUGCUACAGUAUGGAUCUCCAUUUCUUGAAGUACAAGAAGCUUUUAAUAGGGCCCACAAGCUCUAUCUGGAAGCCUUGGCAUUAUGGGGAGCGGAUGAGCCUUUUUUCAGACUUCUUCAGGCGGCGAAAGAGAAGCCAGAAUUUCAGACACUGGACCCGGAGUCACAGCAUUUACUCGAAAAAGAACUAUUGAAGUACAAACAUAGCGGACACGGGAUCUUAGUGCCUGAGGAUGUGGAGGUGUAUCUGAAGCGACGGACAGAAAUCGAAGAAUUGCUCAGAACUUUCAACCAGAAUGUGACGAUGGAGAAUGGUGGCGUCUCUUUUACGUUGGAGGAGCUUGCCGGUGUUCCCGAUGACGAGUUGGCGAAAUGGCUAGAUGAUUCAGAGGGAGCAACCGAUGGACACGAGAAGAGAAAGUUUGUGCCUUUCGCCAAUGGAGGGACACGUGCUGUCUUAGCAUACGCCGAUCAAUCCGAAACCCGUAAGAAGAUGUUCUUGGCAGAUGAUUUGAAGUUGGAAAAGAACAAAACGAUACUUGAAGAGAUCGUGAAGCGUCGUGCGAAGCAGGCACAAAUGCUCAAAUACCCUACUCAUGCAGAUUUUAGGAUUGAAAUUCGAAUGGCAAAGACGACAGCCUGGGUGAAAACUUUUCUCAGUCGGUUGAAGGAGACCCUUGUCCCGCUUGGACGAGAUGAGAUUGUGGCCUUGCAGCAUCGGCGGCUCGAAGAUCUGCAGCGAAGGGAGAUUCAGCAGGUGGGAGACGGAUUCCCUCCAUGGGAUAAAUCGUACUAUACGCGCCUUGUGAAAAACGACCUUGAGAUUGACCAUCAGAAGAUCUCAGAGUUCUUCCCAUUGGAGCAAACUGCAAGCGGCAUGUUGAACAUCUUUGCCUCUCUGCUUGGUCUUCGUUUCGACCUUAUCCCAUCGGAAAGCCUGCCUGCGGAUGUACUAUGGCAUGAUGCUGUGCAACUUUACUCCGUAUGGGACACGCAUGAUGAUGGAUUCCUUGGCUACCUCUAUCUUGACUUGUUAUGGCGUGAAAAUAAGUAUCGAGGAAACCAGUCUGUCAAUAUCGAAUGUGGUUAUUUACGACCAGACGGAACAAGACACUGCCCAUCGACGAUUUUGAUGUGUUCAUUUCCAGCUCCAAAUUCAAAAAGCUGUGCCUUGCUAAAGCAUGAUCAAGUUGUGACUCUCUUCCACGAGAUGGGUCAUGGUAUUCACGACCUACUGGCCAAGUCUAAAUACUCUCGCUUCCAUGGGUAUAGACUACCGCCUGACUUUGGCGAGAUGCCUAGCAUCUUGCUUGAGAAUUGGUGCUGGAUGAAAGAUGUCCUUUGCGGAUUAAGCUGCCAUUACACAACUCUCAGUGAGACUUAUUUGGCAGAUUGGCGCAAUAAGAAUCCCGGUUCUCCCGACCCAGUGAAAACCAUUCCGGGGCAUUUAGUCGACAGCCUCAUUAAAAACCGAUACUAUAAUGCGGGUCUCUACUACUUACAUCAGCUAACCGUAUCUGCCUUCGAUUUCCAUAUCCACUCUCUCGGUACAGACCAGGACUUGGCGGAUCUUGACAUCGGGAAGCUGUGGUAUGAUCUACGCGAGGAGCUCGAAAGCAUGGAUUUUUCAGAAUGCAGAAGCGGAUUCGAAUUUGUGACUUUCAGUCAUCUGGCGUCUGGAUACGAUGUCGGUUAUUAUGCCUACUUGUGCUGCACGGCUAUGGCCCAAGAUCUGUUCCUCUCUACCUUUGCUCACGAUCCUUAUAACAAGGAAACUUGGGCUAGGUACCGCCGCGGGAUUUUGGAGUAUGGCGGAACUCAGCAGGACUUACUGAAGAUGUUAGAAAGCUUUCUGGGUCGUCCCCCUAAUAUAGAUGUCAUUAUCCCUGGGGGGCUAAAUACCCGGGGGCCGUCACAUUUGGAGAGUCAGGACAGAAUUGAAGGACAAGAUUGA